AAUUUUUACAUACAUAGUCUCCUCAGAACCCACGGAAUUUUAACAUUAGGGGGAUAUUGUCACACACUUCGCAUACAAAACGAUCAACAUAAUCAACUUACAGUGCAAUGAUUAGAAUUAAACAUCUGAAAUCCUCAUUGCGCCGUCUCCACACAACGAACGGUCCUGUAAGCUCUUCCGACUAUGCCCGCAUGUUAAAAGACUGUGCAAAAAACAGGUCUCUUUUGAAUGGAAAACUCUUACAUGCUCAGAUCAUUAUCAGUUCAGGAUUUGAAAGCAUAAAUACCUAUGUGCAAAACAAUCUUCUCUCCAUGUACGCCAAGUGCCAGUGCCCGGUAGAGGCACGAAGAGUCUUCGAAGAAAUGCCCUGCAGAGACGUUGUCACAUGGACUGCUAUGAUUGGAGCUUAUGCCAGGGCAGGGAAUGGUGUAGAGGCGUUGAAUUUGUUUACUCGAAUGAGAGAGAAAAGCUCAAUCAAACCCAAUGAAUUCACGUGUGCAAGUGUUUUGCCGGCAGUGACCAGCUUGGGAGCGAUUGAAGAGGGGAAGAGAAUACAUGAAGAGGUGAUUAGGGGUUAUUAUGAGUCGGAUGCCUUUGUGGGGAGUGCUCUUAUUGAUAUGUAUGUGAAAUGUGGAAGCUUGGAUGAUGCACGCGAUGUGUUUGAUAAAAUGCCUCAACGAGAUGUGGUUUUAUGGAAUGUGAUGAUCGAAGGAUAUGUAAACCGUGGGGUUGUGAAUGAGGCACUGAAACUAUUUUGUGGAAUGCAGGAAGUGGGUGUGGAGCCUGAUGCGGUCACGUUUUCAAUCAUUGUUCCGGCUUGCACAAGUUUGGAAAUGCUCCAAGAGAUGCAUGGAGAUAUAAGGAAGAGAGUUUUAGUGUCUAAUGUGUUUGUAGGUAAUGCGCUUGUAGAUAUGUAUGCAAAAUAUGGGAAUGUAGAUGCUGCACGCAAAGUGUUUAAUGAGAUGCCUGAACAGAAUGUGAUCUUGUGGAAUAUGAUGAUUAGGGGGUAUGUACAGAAUCACUGUCUGAAUAAGGCUCUGGAACUGUUUGAUAGAAUGCCAGAGAAAGAUGUGGUGUCGUGUAAUGCCGUGAUCGCUGGAUAUGCAGAGCAUGGCCAUUUUGAUGAGGCACAGAAGCUUUUUGGCAAAAUGCCCAAAAGGGAUGUGGUCUCAUGGAAUACAAUGAUUACAGCUUCCAUCAAGCAUGGACAGGAUGAGGCUGCAUUGACAUUGUUUUACGAAAUGCUGCUCACGGACACCCGGCCAAAUCCAUUCACAUUUGCCAGCAUUCUACCAGCAUGUGUCAAUUUGGCAAGUCUGGAACAUGGCAAGAAGAUACACGAAGAAAUCAAUAGAGCUGGAUUUCAGUUUGAUGUUUUUGUGGGGAGUGCUCUUGUGGACAUGUAUGUAAAGUGCAAGAGUGUAGAGGACGCAUGCACUGUGUUUGAAAAAAUACCCGAAAAAAAUGUUGUAACCUGGACUGCAAUGAUUUCAGGGUAUGCACAGAAUGGGCAGAAUGAGGAUGCCAUGGAUCUUUUUCGAGAAAUGCAACUUGCAGGAUUGAAGCCAGACCCUAAAGCUUUUGCUGUUGUCAUCCCAGUAUGUGCUAACUUGGCAGCUCUCGAACAAGGCAAAGAGGUCCAUGAAUUUGUUUUAAGGAGUGGGUUGCUGUCCAAUGUUUUUAUCAGCAGCGGUCUUGUAGACAUGUAUGCUAAAUGUGGGAACAUAGAGGAUGCACGCAGUAUAUUUGACAAAAUGCCUCAUCGUGGCGUGGUCUCGUGGAAUGUGAUGAUCGUGGGAUAUGCCAUGCAUGGCUUUGACACGGAAGCCCUUAAAAUUUUCGAUCAGAUGGAGCAAUCUGGCAUCGACCCAGAUCAUGUCACUUUUGUUGGUGUUCUGUCCGCAUGCUGCCAUGCAGGUCUAGUGGACAAAGGAUGGCAUUAUUUCAAAUGCAUGAGGGAUUAUUAUCAGAUCACACCUACAAUGCGGAUUUACGGCUGCAUGGUUGAUCUUCUUGGCCGUGCUGGGAAUCUUGUUGAGGCUAAAAACUUCAUCAAGGAAAUGCCAAUAAUUCCAGACGCUUCAAUAUGGAAGUCUUUCCUUGGUGCUUGUAGAAUACAUGCCGAUGUAGGUCUAGGGGAAUUUGCAGCAGAACACCUUUUUCAGUUGGACUCUAAAAAUCCAGCAUCUUAUGUGCUGCUAUCAAAUAUCUAUGCACAAGCUGGAAGGUGGGAUGGCAUUGAAAAAGUGCGGAAAAUGAUGAAAGAUAAGGGCGUAUUAAAGAAACCUGGAUGCAGUUGGAUCGAGGUGAAUAAUCAGGCACAUGCAUUCCUAGCAGGAGACAGAUAGAACUCACAGAAGAGAUUAAAGAAAAUUGGAUGGAUUGGCCGAGCAAGUGGAGGUAGCAAGUUAUGUUCUGUAUUCAAAUAUUGCCCUGAAUUAUGCAUUACAAGGUGUACAAGGAACCUGUUCUUUUAACUUGUUACCAGCUGGAAAGCUUGCAAUUGCCUUGGACUUAUUAGAAUGAUUUUAGAGAAUUUAAACGAUGGUGACCGCCACUCUGUAAUCAGUUCAUGUCCCAGAUGGGAGCAUGGGAGUAGUUAUGAACGAUGUUCUCAUUUCCACAGUUCUACAGAAGAAUGAAGUAGUUGCAGAGAUUAUCGGUGGAAACGGUGAAAAAGUGGUUUCCUUUCGCUGCUGCAGAUUGAAAUUGAACGUCUACAUCUCCUGAGGGAUACAAUGCAUGGUGAUAAAUUUGGAGAAUUGUCUCUCAUGGUCUGCCUUUCAACACUGAAAAAAUUGUAGGCAAUGUGCAACAUCACCGAUGAUUUAUUUUCCAGUAGAAGGCAUAGAAUCCUUGUUAACUAUUUGUCCCUCGGCACCACGUAUGGAACGUUUUUGAAGGCACUGAUGGAUUAAAGGAAAAAGAGAACCAAAAUUAAUUUUUGUAUAUUUUGUGAAAGCAGUUCCGUAUGUUGACUGGAAGAUACUAUUCAUGGAAUAUUUUUAUAAUGUUGAGAUUGUACAAUAAGAAUGUAUCUAAAUUUCAUUGCAUAAUUGAAUUUCAAAGAAGUAGCCAAAGCGAUGAAAUUCUGUAUCUCCAUUGCGGAAGGCACCAAGAGGCAAUCCUGAAUCUUCAUUGUGGAAGACACUAAGAGGCAAUCAAAGUAACAAAGUAAUCUAAGCUUUUA